AUGGACGUCAAAACCGAACAGCUGAAGCUGAAGCGGGAGCUGGGGCUGGUGAGCGCCAUGUCCCUCAUCGCCGGCAUCAUGAUCGGGUCGGGGAUCUUCAUGUCGCCCCAGACGGUGCUGUUGAACAUCGGGAGUCCCGGGGCCAGCCUGCUGAUCUGGGUCCUGUGUGGUCUGGUCGCGAUGCUGGGAGCCCUGUCGUACGCCGAGCUGGGGACCGUCAUCAAAGAAUCAGGCGGGCACUUCAUCUAUAUCCUGCGCAUCUACGGGGGGGCCCCGGCCUUCAUGGCGGCGUUCACGUUCAUCUUCUUGGUGAAGCCUUCCGCCAUGGCGGCUGCAGCCCUGAGCAUCGCAGAGUACGCAGUGGCGCCCUUUUACGGCAGCUGCACCCCGCCCCAGCUGGUGGUCAAGUGUGUCGCAGCUGUGUGCAUCCUGCUCGUGUCCACAGCCAACACCCUCAACGUGCGAUCCGCCAUGUCCAUUCAGGUGGUCUUCUUGGUGGCCAAGCUGCUGGCGCUCGUAGUCAUAGUGAUCGGGGGACUGGUGACCCUCGCCCAGGGGUCGAGUGGAAGCUUCCACGACGCUUUUGCGGGCACGCGAUUGGGACUGCAUCCCAUCGCAAUGUCGUUCUACCAGGGACUCUGGCCGUUUGACGGCUGGGCCAACUUGAACUUUGUGACGGAGGAGCUGAAGCGGCCAGAGGUGAACCUUCCCAGGGCCGUGAUGAUCGCCAUCCCCAUGGUAACGGUGCUAUACCUGUUUGUCAACGUGAGCUACCUGGCUGCCAUGACACCUCAUGAACUGAUGUCAUCCAACGCUGUGGCCGUCACCUGGGGGAACAAGGUUCUGGGGAGCUGGGGUUGGGUGAUGUCCGUCGCGGCUGCGUUGUCUGCUUUCGGGUCCUUGAAUGGGACCUUCUUCACUGGGGGACGUGUGUGCUUCGUGGCUGCCAGGGAGGGCCACAUGCCGGAUAUCCUAGGGAUGGCGCACGUUCGGCGGCUGACCCCGUCGCCAGCACUCAUCUUCACCACCGGCAUCUCCCUGCUGGUGCUCAUCCCCGGAGACUUCCAGAGCAUCGUCAACUUCUUCAGCUUCACUGCUUGGUUCUUCUACGGCAUUACCAUCUCCGGGCUCAUCUACCUUAAAAUCAAGAAGCCGGAACUUCCUAGAUCAUAUACGGUGCCCAUUGUAAUCCCCAUCCUGUUUCUGAUCGUCGCCGUCUUCCUGGUGCUGGCGCCCAUCAUCGACUCGCCCCAGAUGGAGUAUCUGUACGUGUCAAUCUUCAUCCUGAGCGGGGCCCUCAUCUACGUGCCCUUCAUUCACUUUAAACUGUGCCCGGGGGCCCUGGACAAACUCACCGUCCUCCUGCAGCUCGUCCUGGAGGUGGCCCCCGCCGAAAAAAACCUGUAACCUCCCCCCUCACCCCGUACACUCUCAGAAAUAAAAGUUCAAAAAGUACUGAUGCUUGUCGCUGGGUACAUAAAAUUAUACCCCUGGCCAGCAAUAUGUAAUUAAUUUGUACGUUUUUUUUACUCGUUUGUACGCAAAUAGAACAUUACUAUACUUUCAGGGCAUUUUUGGGAAAUGUGGUCCCUGGAGAAUAAAAAUCUCCACGGCGUCUCCACUGUCACUUUAUUUCUGAGGGUGUACUUCUCCGUUCCCCAAACUGGAACUGAUGCUGAACUCCCAGUUUGACAGGGGCGGCCUGUAGCGUAGUGGUUAAGGUAAAUGACUGGGACACGCAAGGUCGGUGGCUCUAAUCCCGGUGUAGCCACAAUAAGAUCCGCACAGCCGCUGGGCCCUUGAGCAAGGCCCUUAACCCUGCAUUGCUCCAGGGGAGGAUUGUCUCCUGCUUAGUCUAAUCAACUGUACAUCGCUCUGGAUAAGAGCGUCUGACAAAAGGCAAUAAUGUAACUGCUGCUACUUCCUAACCCUAAGCUCUGAAUGUAGAACACUCCAUUGCCAUUCCAGGCUCUAGGACCUGUGGCCAAUGUGAGGGCCAGUAUGCUGUAGUUAUAGUAUAUAGUAUAAAACGUACUGUUCAAAUACACUACGCAAUACUACGUCUUAAGUAUGCAAGCAUACUUAAAUAUAUAAGAAACACACACAGGCAUGUAUAGUGGGAUAACUACAUACUAUAACUAUAUACUAUAAUGUAAAACUAAAGACUUUUUAAAACUGCUCACAAAACUCACAGUAUAAAAACAAGUGAUUCCAUUGUCUGUUGACAAGAGUUUUUAGAUUUAUUUUUCCAGGUCUUGGGCAUUUAUUUGAUGUGAUUGUUUUAGAGACUGCACUAAAAGACUUCAACAACGCCACUCCAUUGUUUUUCUUUGAUGUCAUUCUUUAAAUUAUUUUUCUAUAACAAGCUACAGUUUCUAGCUGAAAUAUCUGUUCUAAAAUUAUUACAGUUAUGAUUCAUAAAAAUAUGUAUGGUCUCUUCAUUGUGUUUGGACAAUACUGAUGAGUUUAUUGACGCUGGAUU